AUGGCGGAGCCAGAUCACAGUUCAGCUUCUACUUCGGGAUCUUCCACCAAUAGAGACUCUUCAGGUGCAGGCGCUGCUUCAUUGUCUCCUUCUUUGAAUUCAUCACCAGUGAGUGAAGAAGAGGAAACUCAUCAUAAUCAUGAUCAUGAUCCUCAUCGAUCUGGACAGCCAGAACUAGAGCAUCAGAAUUUUGGAUUUGCUUAUCGAGGAAACUUUUCAGCUUUCGAUGAUGCAUCGACAGUUAUUAGUGAUGACACUUGGUCUUGCAUAAUCGUUGUCCUCACUUUUUGGUUCUUCGUCUCAAUGACUCUAAUCCUGGGAGUUUAUGGUGCGGCAAAUGUAAGGCUUGGUCCUAAUGCAUCCAUUCUGAUACGACCCAACCCCUUUUUUGUGCAGACCAUCAAGGUGGAAGAGUUAGAAGGGACAAAACCUGGACCUCAGCUAUAUGGGUUUUAUAAUUCUCCACCUCUUGAUGUAGUAACUACUUGGUCCGAAAGUUAUGGUGUCUCUGUACCAGCUGAUUCUCACAAGGAGUGGAUUCAUUUCCUAAAUGAAGGGUCUCAAAUUAACAUUACAUACAGUGUAAAGUCUCCAAGCUCCUCUGUUUUCCUCAUAAUUGCCCAAGGAAAUGAAGGCCUGGCUCAAUGGCUUGAGGACCCAACAUAUCCCAACACCACCCUAUCAUGGAACGUUAUCCGUGGAAGUGGUGUGAUCCAUCAGUACAUAUACUCAUCUUCAAGUUACUAUGUUGCAGUGGGUAACUUGAACUCAGAGGAGGUGGAGGUGCAAUUAAACCUAGGAAUAAGGGGUUUCCUGUAUAAUACAAGUGAAGCUUAUUACAAGUGUACUUUCAUUCAGGGCCUGUGUAGUUUGAGUGUUUUGUUUCCCAAGGGAAACAAUAUUGUCUUAACCUCUCCGGGUAUGGAACAGAGCACAACCAGUGAGGAUUGGUACGUUAGAGUUUCAUAUGGACCGAGAUGGCUUACAUAUGUUGUUGGCAUAGGUGGAAUGACCUUGCUCAUGUUGGUGGCCUUCAACUUUUUAAACAAAUUCCGAUUUACACGUGAAGAUGGAGCAGGAAUUCGAUAUGGGAAUAUUGAAUCUGCCAGAGCACCUUUGCUUUCAUACAAAGAUGAUGAUCUCUCAAGUUGGGGUUCAUCUUAUGAUUCUGUCUCAAAUGAUGAGCAGGAUCUUGAAGAGUUUCUGGCUACUUCUGGCCUUGAAGGGAAGUCAAUAAGAGAUGGUGAAAACGGUAAUAAUACUCGCCGUCUUUGUGCGAUUUGCUUUGAUGCACCAAGGGACUGUUUCUUCCUCCCAUGUGGGCAUUGUGUAGCUUGUUUUGAAUGUGGAACAAGGAUAGCAGAGGCUGCUGGUACAUGUCCUGUUUGUCGGAGGAAUAUGAAGAAGGUUAGGAAGAUUUUUACGGUGUAAGAGAUAUGCAGCUCUUUGAUAUGCCUGUAGAUUCUAGUUGAAUAACUUGCAGCCAGAUUAUCUUGUCUAUAUCAUUGCCUCUUGUCAAUGUAUAUCAUCUCAAAUUCAUACAUGGUCUAAAAGCAUAGACUUCAGAGGAAUGCCCAUUGUUAUUUUUUUUUUUUUUUUUUUUUUGUUUCCAGGUGGCUUUCCUCUGUGUAAUACCAUUAAUGCACAUUUUUGGAUCUGUAUUUGAAAAGUAAAAUGUAGCUUUAUCUUCUUUGCUUUCA